CUCACUGCUUGUCUGCACACACUACUAUACUCAGCAAAACAAUACCGUCUUGCAAAGCCCUAGCUAGCCUAGCUCGAGUCCGACUCUCUGUGCUUGUCUGAACAUGAACUACUACUUCUAUAUUAGCCUAGCUCUACUGGCAUACACCACUGCUUCAAGAGCUCAGACAGUAACUCCAGAGCGUGCCUUUGCAGUCAACAAUGGCACAGUGACUUUGUCCUGCCCAGCAGACUCUACCUCUUGGUUGAGAUACAAUGGCAACGAUUUGACACCAGUGAUAGCAGGGGAUGGUGUGGUUUUGAGGGGAGCUGAGCUUAUAAUCGAGGGAUUUCAUGCACACACGCAUGCAGGGAAGUAUUACUGCAUCGCUACUAGCAACGGCAUGACUACAGUAUCAUGCCCAGCUGAGAUAAUUCAUGCACGCAUUCAAGCAUCACCAUUUCCGGUUAAUCCUGUCGAUACUGUUGUCAAUGUGAACGGCACCACGAUGAUGACCUGUAAGCCUCCGCCUAGUGAGCCUGCCCCAAACAUUCACUGGAAGAAAGAUGGAACAGACUUGAACCUCCAGUCGGACGCAAGACUCACUGUCCUUGCCACUGGGAACUUGUAUAUUACUAACACACAGUUGACUGAUGAAGGGGAGUACCAGUGUAUUGCUUACAACGAGUUCACAGGGGCUACAAGACGAUCAAUCAUUGGAAUGCUCACUGUUUCCUAUAACCUAUUGACCCCUGUCGUUCCUAACGUCACCAUCACCCCCGCCAAUACUCUAAUUAAAUCGCUCGGAGAAUCUGCAAUAUUUGAAUGCACUGCAUCUGGUUUCCCACCUUCUGAAAUACGUUGGGAAAAACUUCAUUCACAGAUCUUUCCUUCCACUGCAAGCGUGCUCCAAUCUGGGUCGCUAGUAAUUGACCCCGUGACCUCUGACGAGGGUGGUGUAUAUCGAUGUAUUGCUCGUAACAGUGAGGGUGAGAUGUACAGUGAUGUGAGGCUAGAGGUCAAAGGUCCGCCAGACUUUACGGAAGAGCCAUCUGCGACAGUUGCCAUGGGAGACAUGUCAUCACUAUCCUGGACAGUACAAGACGAAGGUCCAGUAAAAGCUUUGUUGUUUCAUAAUGGCCGUCUCCUGGAAUCAAUGAGUAGCGAUAGCGGACUCUCCAUCACACACGCACUCAGCCAGUCCAGUGGAGGAGGAGUCUAUCAAUGCAUAGCAGAGGGGUUGUAUGGGUGUUCUCAAAGCAGCAUUGUCGUUAAUACGCCUCAGGGAACAACGCAGGGCCCUACUACCACGGCUACACCUCAGGGAACAACGCGGGGUCCUACUACCACGGCUACACCUCAGGGAACAACGCAGGGUCCUACUACCACGGCUACACCUCAGGGAACAACGCAGGGUCCUACUACCACGGCUACACCUCAGGGAACAACCCAGAGCCCUACUACCACGGCUACACCUCAGGGAACAACGCAGAGCCCUACUACCACAGCUACACCUCAGGGAACAACGCAGGGUCCUACUACCACGGCUACACCUCAGGGAACAACUCAGAGCUCUACUACCAAGGCUACCAGUAGUCCAACAGAAAGUACAUCAACGACAGCUGAGACCACAGCUACGACUCCAAGUGCCACAGAUGCGAGUACUGUUAGUGCUACGGGUACGAGUGGCACAGACAAUGAUAUUGUAACAAUCGCUACCACCAUCUCUGAGACCACACAGUCUACGACAGAUGGCCUCACAACGAGUGAUAAUUUCCCUAGAGAGAUGAUUGCAGCGUAUCCUGAUUCGAUAGAGCUGAACGGGCCCGUUGAGAUAGUUUGUGUGGCUACUAUAGGAGCUGGAGUGGUGUGGUAUGGACCCUCAGGCAGUGUGUUGCCUAGUCACGAUGUAGUCGCAGAUUUAAACGUGAUGAAUACCACGCUCAUUGUGGAUAGCCCGGGGACGUACACCUGUAGGGCUAUGUGGGGGGUCUUGAUGCUCAGUACCAGUGUCACUGUGACAGCAGCUCCACUCCGUGUGCUUGUGAGUGACUCUUUGACGGCCCGUGUCGGAGAGCCAGUCGAGCUGUUGUGUGAGGGUGAGGGGAGUGGAGUGGGCGUAGAGUGGAGCCGUGUCGAGGGGAGUCUCCGAGAAGGGGGUGUGGUCAGUAGCAGCGUAGGUCAGGUGACAUCAAAGUAUCAGAUAAUGGCAGUGACAGUUGCUGAUGACGGUGACUAUGUGUGCACAGUCAGAUCGCCUUAUUUUGAGCAGCCAUUAUAUGCUAUCAUCACCCUAACCGUACUAGACCCAGUGGUGCCAAUUGGACCUCCUCUGCUUGUCACCGCUGCUGUGUCACCCUCGGGAGGUGUACUGUUGUCCUGGCAACCACCACAGACAGACUCGAAACUACUCGGCUACAAGAUUAACUACGGGAACACACAAUAUCCACCGACAAUGGUAGCCAGAGAAUCGACGGCAGUAGACAAGCGUACGUUUGGUGUGAGACCAGAUAUUUUCCUCGAGUAUGGCGAGGUUGUGACGGUGGUGGUGUGGGCAUACACUUUACAGGAUGAGGGGACGGAACUGAGGGUGGUGGUCUCUCCAGCUGGCCUCGUGGUAUCCACGGAGUCUCCUACUGGCCCCCCUCCCACUGGCCCUCCUCCCACUGGCCCCCUUCCCACUGACCUCCCUCUCAUUGGACCUCCUCUGCUUGUCACCGCUGCUGUAUCACCCUCGGGAGGUGUACUGUUGUCCUGGCAACCACCACAGACAGACUCAAAACUACUCGGCUACAAGAUUAACUACGGGAACACACAAUAUCCACCGACAAUGGUAGCCAGAGAAUCGACGGCAGUAGACAAGCGUACGUUUGGUGUGAGACCCGAUAUUUUCCUUGAGUAUGGCGAGGUUGUGACAGUGGUGGUGUGGGCAUACACUCUACAGGAUGAGGGAGCAAGGCUGAGGGUGGUGGUCUCUCCGGCUGGCCUCGUGGUACCCACGGAGUCUCCUACUGGCCCUCCUCCCACUGACCCCCUUCCCACUGACCUCCCUCUCAUUGGACCUCCCCUGAUACUUGUUAAUCAACUUGCGCAAGACGGAGGGGUACUGUUGUCCUGGCAACCACCACAGACAGACGCGAAGCUACUCGGCUAUAAAAUAAACUACGGGAAUGCACAAAAUCCACCGAUAAUGGUAGCCAGAGAAUCAACAGAUUUAAAAACAGCAUAUUUUUGGGCGAGACCGGAAAUUUUCCUUGAAUAUGGAGAGGAUGUGACAGUGGUGGUGUGGGCGUACACAAUACACGAUGAGGGGGCGGGACUGAGGGUGGUGGUGUCUGCUGUGCAACAGAUUGUCAGGAGUUGUUCCGUUAGCUCCGCCCACACACUGUCGUACACUUCGGACCACCCCCUAACAUCUCUCACACACGUCUGCACAGAGGCACACAUAACACAAGAGCUCGAUCACUCAACAGCUAACGGUACCGUUGCUCUGAACAAUUUGCUACCUUCGUGCUCAUACGUUUUUCGUGUGACCUACGAGGACGGAGAGACUGUGUCAUGUGACUACACCACCCCCUUUGAUAUAGUUGAUAUUUCUGCCGACGUACAUCGCCAUGAUAAUGGAUCUGUUUCGCUUCGAUGGAUUUUGCCUGUGGCACUUCGUAAUCAGUCGCAGUUAGUGGUUGACGUUAAUUGGGGUAAUGGAUGGGUGGGUGUGGUCUCAGGAGAGCACCUCCCUGUAGCUAUUGAGAAUCAAAAACAGGAAUUUAUUAAAUUACGUUUCACUCUUCGAGAUUGGAAAGGCGUGGUUUUCAUCUCUGUACCAAUCGCCCCAACAGAGAUCACUACGACCUUUGACCCAACAUUGACCUCUGAACUCAAGGCAACGGACCUGGCAUUGCUGUACGGAGUGAUAUUCGGAGGGCUGUUGGUUUUGUGUACGGUGGUGUUGGUGGUGAUAUUGUCUCUAAAGUACGUCCAAUCAACACGGAGGGAAAAUGAUAAAGUGUCUGAUGACAAAGAGAAGGAGCGAGAGUAUUUCAGAAGAAUGAGUUUGGAGCGGGUCUCUGUCAACUCUGUGAAGCGAUCAGCACAAUCUCUGGACAGCAGGGCGAGCAGUACUACCACGGAAACGGACAUUUAAGCCAAUAAACAACUCAUAACUGUUAUCCCUAUAUCAUGCAUGUAUCCGCUAUAUAGUCUGUUGUUUGUCAAUAAAUAAUAAUUAUCAAGUAAUAUAAUUUUUAUUCAUUUGUUCAUGACAUGAUAUGACAUGUUAAUUAA